AUGAGCAAGAUUCAGCAUACGUGGGCCGCCGUUUCGGCCAUCCCUAACCCUUUAAAACCAUCAGAAACCAUCAUCUUUUCGAGCGGCAACGAUCGCAAGCUGUCGGUCGACCGACGCACCAUUGGCGGGACACCGGGAUCCAACUCCGACUCGAGGUUGAAGGGGUUAGGCGUCGAAGUAAACUUGGCGGAGUCAUCACAACUUGUAUCAACCAUUUAUCAGGAUGUUGUUACUGUUUACGGCAUCAGCAACUCGUCGAGAACGGAAGAUGCUUCCAAGUACGAGCUCUGCAUGGUCAGCCCCAUCAAGGCUUUGAUCAAGAACAUCUGGGGCGACGAAUCCGAUGCGCGCCACCUUACCGGGCUCGAUUCCGUUCUCCCAGGAACCAGCCUCAGUGUUACGUACAGCUACGAUCGAGCCACUAGCACCGAAACUCGUGUCCUGAUCUACCAGCGGGUUGAUAGAUCCAUCACCAUGUACAACUUUGGUAGCAACCAAGGUGCGAUAUUGAGACUACAUGUAUCUAUCGACGUCGUGGACUUUGCUGACUCUCACACAGUUUCCACCUUUAUCGGCUCUGCGGCGUACGCAAACGAGCCAAGCUCGCUCGCAGCCGUUGUAGUGCCAUCCCAGGACGGGAGCCUCGAGGGAAGCCGCAUCGUUCUCUACUUCAUCGCCAACUCUGACAGAAACUUCUACCUUUACUUUCUAGCUUGCAGCGUGGGAGAUUCCAAGGCAUCACAAAGCCUCUCCAACAAGCCACAGCAGGUUGGCACAGGCUAUCCAUGUAUGCCAUCCUCGCAACUGGGCGUCUCGUUAGACUCGGCGCACAAGCAAACAAUCAUCUGGGCUCGCACAGCGGCUGGGGACCUCGUAUCUAUGCCUCACCCAUGGGUUGAUCUUACGAGCAGUGACAGUUAA